GGCUUCCACCAUCAACUUCCGGUGUGCCGGGCGGGCGCGGGAUUGAGGCGAGGGCUGUCCGCUGCAGUGAGGGACGGCCAUGCCCCCCAAGGCGGCCGACAAGCGCCGGCAGGGCCAAGGUGGACCUUCAGGAGGAAAGGCGGGAAAAGCUGGUAAAGGUAAAAAAAGGGAUGAAGAUGAAUUUCCUGAAGCGGGAGAGGACUGGCCGGCUCCAGUCAGAUCCCCAGAUCAGCUGGAGCUGACUGAAGCUGAAUUAAAACAGGAAAUUACACGUACCUUGACAGCUGAUAAUCCCCAUGUUCCCCGGGAUAUUGUCAGAUUCAACUUUAAAGAACGAGCAUACAAGCUAGUGGACGAUAUGGAUCAAACAGCCGUUCACUUUACUCUGAAUGGAUAUUUGAUACAUAAAGAUUCAGAUGAAGGCAGACGCCAGAGUAUCAGAUCAAGCACUGAAGCAGAAGAGACUCCUGCUGAGGAGGAAGAGGCUCCUGUGGAGGCUGCUGCUGAGCCAACUGAAGAGGGAGAGACUAAAGAUGAAGAACCCACAGAAGAAGCUGAGGCUGAAGGAGAGGGAGAGGGAGAGGGAGAGGGAGGAGGAGAAGGAGAGGGAGAAGGGGAAAAAGAACCUCAAGUCUCUGAGGCAGUAGAGGAAGAGCCUCCUCCCCAAAAAGCACCAGAAAGGAAGCUUGCAAACCAGUUCAACUUCAUUGAGAGAGGUUCGACUACGUACCACUAUCCUCUGCGGGAAAAAGGAUUGCAGACUGACCCUGCACCUUUUGAAACUUUCUCAGAGAAUGUUAACCUGUGGUUUAUCUAUGAUUCCUAUGUGGAGGAACUUGAGAGAAUGGAAAAAGCAAAAGAGAAAGAAAAAGCAAAACCUGUGGCAGUAAAGAAAGAAGAUCAGAAAACUGGAAGAAAGUUAUCCUACGUGGAGCCACCGCACGUUGAUUCUCUAAGCAAGGUGGCAAAGGCUGCUAAAAUAGCGGAACGGAUGGUGAAUCUGAACACAUAUGAUGACAUUGCACAAGAUUUUAAAUAUUUUGAGGAUGCAUCAGAUGAAUACAGAGGCCAGAAAGGAACUCUCCUCCCACUCUGGAAGUUCCAGUAUGAAAAAACCAAGAAACUUGCAGUUACUGCCCUCUCCUGGAAUCCAAAGUACAAGGACCUAUUUGCAGUGGGGUAUGGUUCUUAUGACUUCAUGAAGCAGGGCCACGGCAUGCUCCUGCUCUACACACUGAAGAACCCCUCCUUCCCAGAGUAUUCCUUCAGCAGUGAGAGUGGUGUCAUGUGCCUGGACUUCCACAGUGACCACCCCCACCUCCUGGCAGUGGGCUUCUACGACGGCAACGUGGCCAUCUACAACCUGAAGAAGGCAAGCCCCCAGCCCAGCUACAAGAGUGGUGCUAAGUCAGGAAAGCACACAGAGCCAGUGUGGCAGGUCAAGUGGCAGAAGGAUGACAUGGACGGCAAUCGCAACUUCUUCUCUGUCUCCUCGGAUGGGCGGAUUGUUUCAUGGACUUUAGUUAAGAAUGAGCUGGUUCACAUGGAUGUCAUCAAGCUGUCAGCAGAUGAAACAACGAUGCAGGGGCCAGAGGGGCUGCAGCUGCAAACACUUGGCAGUGGGAUAUCCUUUGAUUUUCACAAAAAGAUAGACUACUUGUUUCUCGUUGGUACUGAAGAGGGCAAGAUCUAUAAGUGUUCAAAAAGUUAUUCAAGCCAGUUUCUGGAUGUGUUUGAAGCCCAUCACAUGGCUGUGGACACAGUCAGCUGGAAUCCCUUCCAUUUGAAAGUUUUCAUUUCCUGCAGCUCUGACUGGACGGUCAAGAUCUGGGAUCACACUGUCAAGUAGGUCCUGCUGGGUCCUGGUGUGGGUGGGGAGAGAUGCUCUUGCCUAAUUAAUCCCUUUUGUGUUCCUUGUUUUUUUUUCCCCCAGGCCCAUGUGUUUGAUCUGAACGUUAAUAAGCUUGAGCCUCUCUGCACCCAGCUAGUCGUGACCCGGAAGAAAAAUAAAACAACACACGUGCAGUUUAAUCCUGCUGAUCCUGUUAUCAUUGUUGGAGAUGAACGAGGCCUCAUCACCUGCUUGAAGCUCUCUCCCAAUCUGCGCAAGAAGCCCAAGGAGAAGAAAGGCCAGGAGACAAAGAAAGGUCCCGAGGAGGAAAUAGCGAAACUGGAGAAGCUGCUUAGCCUGGUGAGACAGCCAGGGAGCAAAGAAGAGCAGUGAGAGGGGGGAAUGAUGACUCUGUGGCAGCCUCUGACCAAACAAGCUCGGCUUUGAUCGGUGGCUGCUUGGCAUGCAAGCCACGGGCCCCUGCUGCCCACUUUUUGCACAGCAGGAACACUUUUCCUCUAUG